GUCAUUGACAGCUGGUUGCGCGUCUUACUGCGGCAAGAUGGUGACGUUAAAAAUGGAAGACUUGAGGCUGGGCUAAGAGGAGGAGUUCCUGGUGGGACGUAAGCAGAGAUAGAAAUUGUUACUUCUGAACGCUGACCAUGUCAUUAGUGAGUGAGAGACUUCGUCAGAUUCAUUCUUGUACGGCUGAAGAACAAAAAGAAAUGGAGGACAAGGUGAUAAGCCCUGAAAAAGCCGAGGAGGCAAAACUAAAAGCUAGGUAUCCACACUUGGGACAAAAGCCUGGGGGAUCAGAAUUAUUGAGAAAAAGAUUACAGAAGGGGCAAAAAUACUUUGACUCUGGAGACUACAAUAUGGCUAGAGAGAAAAUGAAGAACAAAGCACUUCCAGCUGCAGCAGCUCCAGACAAAACUGAAGUCACUGGAGACCACAUUCCAACUCCACAGGAUUUGCCUCAGAGAAAACCGUCCUUGGUUACCAGCAAACUAGCUGGUUGAGGAGAAAAAUAGAAAACUGCAUGAAUUCUCAAUCAUUCCAGUUUUUCAGAUGAGUGUGCGUUCAUGUUUAUUUUGUGUAGCCUGUGUUUUUACACUGAGUUAACCAAGAUGGCAAGCUGUAGCAACUUGUCAGAAAGAAAACUUUGGCGGCUUGCUAGUGGAGAAACCACCAAACCAAGCACUAAUGGAAGUAUGCAGUUCACUUGAGGCUAAAAUAAGUUUAGAAUGGGGUUAGCUUUUAGCAAGUUUUACACUUUACUUUUUCUUGUAAAUCACUUACUAGUAUGCCUGUUUGAAUUAUAUUACUUCAAAAAUGUUGACCAUGGUGUCAUAAGCAUGUUUGGAAAAAUUCUGGGUUUUAAACUUUCUGCAUCAUCCGAUCUUACUCAAAUGGCCUUAAAAUUUCAGCUUUAACAGUAAGUUUUAAUUGGGCAAUAUUUGCUCACAGAGGUGAAAAGAUGUGAAAUUUCAUGCAUAGCUCUAGCCAGUAUCUACUGCCUGUUUACUAAUUUGUGGUACUGAAGGUUUAUUGUGAUUUAAAAGAUGUUGGUGUGCAUGUGCAUUAAUGGAAAGUCACAUGUGCCAUUUUUGUAAAUAAAAUAGUUUUGCACAAAUCUG